UCUUUUAAUUUUUUUUUUUUUUUUAGCUUGUAUCGCUUCUCCGUCCACUCUCUGUCGUUCAUCCCUCGCACUCUCUCUGGCCCGAGUGUGACAGCUCUAAAGUAGCUCUGCUCGUUAUCCAAGCUGAUAAUAACAUCAUACCCUUUCGCACUUUUAUCGUACCAACACCUACUCGAAAAAUGGGCAAGGCCGGAAGAGUGGCGUGUAUAUUCACGCCAUACCUCCUCUCCAUCGCAGCCUUGGUAUGUCUCGUCCUGGUCGCCUUGGGCGCAACGAGGCCCAGCGAUCCCCUGAACAGCAUCUAUUUCCUCAAGGCCGACUUGAAAGACAUAAAGCUCGACUCUCUGGACAUUGACUCACGACUUGCACCUCUUGCAUUGGGAUUACAACAAGCCGAUGGCGCUGGGAAACUCCAUGACUACUACAUCAUCGGCCUGUGGAAUCACUGCUACAAGGAUGGAGAGGACGGCGACUACAAAUGCACCGAGAAGGAGCCGAACUAUUGGUUCGACCCCGUCGAGGUCUGGGGUCUGGGCGACGAUGCUCGCGACUACUUCCCAAAGGCCCUGUCCAAGGGGCUGAGCGCAUACAGGAAGGUUGCACACUGGCUUUUCGUCGCCUACAUCAUUGCUCUCGCUUCGAGCGUCGUUCAAUUGGUCUUGGGUAUCUCCGCCGUGUUCAGUCGAUGGGGUAGUCUUGUAACCACAAUCUUUGCGACCAUUUCAACCCUGUUCACCAUCCUUGCUUCCAUCACAGCGAGUGCACUCUACGGCAUUCUCGCCGGUGCCAUCAACGGCGGCCUGAAGCCAUUUAACAUCAAGGCAAGCCUGGGAGGACGCAUGUUUGCCAUCACGUGGCUCGCCACUCUAUUCGCUGUUGCCGGCGGGGUGUUCUGGCUGUUUAGCGUCUGCUGCUGCUCCGGUCGCUCUCCAUAUGACCACAGAGAUCGCAAGGCAAGACGCGGCAUGGUCGCGGAGAAGACACCGUACACGUACGAGCGGGUAGCCAGCCCAUACGGAGGUCACAACAUGGGUGCUUCCGCCACACCUCUCAACCCUAUGACUCCAGCGCAAGGUUCUGGGUUCGAACCGUACCGACAUGAUCCGCGCGUCUAGAUACCCACCUCCCAAAACAAAAAAAAAUAAUAUUACAAAUGGAAAACAUAAGAGUUUCUGUACCCUAUGUCCACAAAAUUCUUUCGUCGACACUUCGCCCUUUCGCUCUGCUCCUCACCAGAAAGUAAUGGGCUGGAUGCAGAAGCUCAUCACCAAAAUUCAUACCAGACAGUAACGACCUACCGUCACGAAAUUACUACAUCUCGUUCAAAACGCGAUGUUCUGUAUAUGCGUACCCUUUUUUUUUUUUUUUUUUUUUUUUUUGCUUUCGAAUCUUAUGGACAUGGUGUUAUGUGAUGGUCCCUUUUGAUAUUUAUAACUGGCGCAUGUCUUGAUGCAAUUCUACGGCUCUACACUGGGUUGGGGGAGUACAUGUGGUGCUGGUCGGUGUUUACAGUGAUUCUGUUUUGCAUACAUACCCACAGAUCCAUGAUUAUUACUUUUCUUUUUGAUGCUCAAGGAUUCAUGCAUAGAAUCAGAUACCUGUACUGUACAUUUACACAUAGAUACCAAUGUAGUUAAACUUCAACUUUGUCCUUCUAA